CUGCCACACAAAGGACAAAAUCCUUCUAUAUCGGAAUGACGUGACGUCACGUCAGCUGAUGAAGUCACGUGAAGAAAGAGAGGAAACGCAGCAGAUAGGCUUACUCAUAGGGCAAAACAAGUGAACAUGACUACUAGCACUCUGACACAGGGUCUGGAGAGGAUCCCUGAUCAACUGGGUUAUUUGGUGAUCAGUGAGGAUGGCGUAUUGGCGUCUGCAGGAGAGCUGGAGAAUGAUGAGCACACAGCGGGGGUCAUAAUGCAGAUGAUGCGGACAGCGUGCCGCUUCAGACUGCAGGGUGCUGCUGAGCCGCCCUUCAAACGCAUGUCAGUCAUGCUAGAGGACUAUGUGUACACAGUGACCGUGUCUGGUCAGAAGGUAUUUGUGGUGAAACGUCAAAACAACCAUAGGGAACCUGUAGUGGUGUAGAACCGUGUAGUGAAGAUGGGUUGGGAGGAUGAAGGCCACCACUCCAAUCAACGCACUCACACAGGACAGGGACUCAGUAAUCCACUGAACUGUUCCGUUCCUAUUUCUAUAAGGUUUC